AUGUCUCAAGUUCAACUCUAUGUGUACGACUUGUCUGGUGGUCUGGCAAAAGCACUUUCGAUGCAGAUGACGGGCAAGCAGAUCGAUGGUAUAUGGCAUACGUCGGUUGUGGUCUUUGGAAAAGAGAUAUUUUAUGGACAGGGAAUUAGCAUCACGGCUCCAGGGCACUCACAUCAUGGGCAGCCCCUGCAAAUAGCCGAUUUCGGAGAAACCGCCAUAGAUGAAGACACUUUCAAUGAGUACUUGGAUGACAUUAGAGAACAUUAUACUGCUGACAAAUAUCACUUGCUAGAUUUUAAUUGCAACUCAUUCACCAAUGAUGUUAUUGGGUUUUUGACGGGGCAGCAUAUACCCUCCUGGAUUCGCGAUCUACCCGCUGAUUUCCUCUCCACUCCAUUCGGAGCCUCCAUGCGGCCUAUGAUUGACAACAUGUUCCGUCGUCCGACGCCAGGAACUACUCCUCCGCCUGGAACCCCGCAAACUGCUGCGCCUACAGGGGAUAUCUCUAAUUUGUUACUUCAAGCCGUUGCCCAACGAGCGGCUUCGUCUGCAGCGAACCAGCCCACAGUUAAUCCCGGAUCAUCCACCGUCGCCGCUCCGGUACACAUCGCCACCAAUCCGCCCUCUCUAGACUCACUUAUCAAGUCCCACAAAGCUUCGGUUGUUUUCUUUACCUCGUCGUCGUGCAGCCCUUGUCGGAUGAUUGAACCUGCGUUCGAAGAUCUGGCCAGAGAAAAGGCUGGGCCGGAUGUGGUAUUUGUAAAGGUCAGCAUGGAUAUCCCUGCUGCAUCCGAAGUAGCCGGUCGGUGGGGAGUACGAGUCACUCCAACUUUUAUCAUGUGUCUGGGCGGUGAAAGAAUUGAUGAGCUGAAAGGAGCUGACCGGGGAGAAUUAAAGACUCGUGUUGAUUUGUUGUUAUACCAGGCAUUUCCACCACACCCACACAUGUCACUCAAAUUACCUGCAUUGAAAGCCCUAUCUACUCAAGCUAUCGUAUAUGAACAGGUCCCUGAUCUGACCAAAUUGUUAUCGAAGAUACAUGCAACGACCAUUUCGCUUGGACUCGCAGAAUACCCGAGUAUUGCCGCAAUGGCUACUGCAGCUCGUGUACAAGGUGUCGAUUCUAUCAACGACCAGAUAGCUGAGCAAUUCUUCAAAGCAUCUGACGCGUUUAUUGCAGUCGCUCAGCCUCAAGACCUAUUCCCACUACUUGAUCUCUGGCGAGUUGCGCUCCUAAACCAGACGUUUGCGACCAAGUGCGCGCUCAAUGACUGUGCAAUGGCUAAUGUUAUAGCCAAAAUCUCUGAACACGUUGAAAAGCUUGGAGGAGCAACCCCUAAAGCUCUUGCAUUGACUAGUUUACGACUUCAAUCUAAUAUUUCAUCUAACCCGGCACUCCUCCGGCAAAUUAUGAACGAACCCAUGCAUAGGUCAAACUUUACGCAAGUGACAAUUUCUGGGUUACUCCACGAGGACACUGGGGUCCGGACAACUGCUUCAACUCUGGUGUUUAACCUCGCAACACAUUUACAAAGGUCGAGGAGGCAGAACCCGACGAGGCCGGACUCUGUCGAAGAUGGAGAAUGGGAGGUUGAAGUAAUCACCGCCAUACUGGAAGGCUUGUCCAGAGAGGCAGAUUCGGGAAUAGUCCAUCGGUUGGUGUCCGCUUUUGGUUUCUUCGUAAUGCUUUCACCAUCAUUCGUUGAACAAACGGGGCCGUUGUUGGAGGUGCUGGAAGCAAAGACAACACUGGGUGCGGUUGUGGCCGCCAGCACAUCGGCGGAAGUAUCCAAACUGGCACGCGAGUGUAUUUUGUUAUGCGAUGUAUUGGACAAGUCCGUGGAAUGA